AUGAAACUCUCAUUGUCAACAGAGUGGUUAUUCUUUCAUCUUUGGAAAAAGAAUCCUGAUACAAAUUCUAGUUGUCCAGGUGUAUUUGUGGCAGAUACAAUAAUAUAUAGAUGGGCUCAACCUUACUUUUGGUACUUUACAGCAAAAGAUGGUUAAAUAUUAAGAAAAACAAAAGAACGAAUAUUUGUGGAAUAAAUAGAAGAAAUCUUCCAAAAAAGUGGUGAUAUUUCAGCUUUAUAUUUGUAAAGCUAGCAAAAUAAAAUAAUAUUUGAAUACUUUGAGAAAGGUGAAUUCAUUUAAUUUCUUCAUUAAAGAGAAAAAGCUUUAAAUGCCUUACUAUAAAAAUUUGUAGAGCCUAAAUCAUCAAGAAACUCUAUGAUUAAGGUGUCUUGGAGUCCAUAAUUUUGUUUAUUGUCUAGAAAAACAAAUAAUAAUGAUCUUAAAAAUAAUAAAAUACCAAUAGAAGAUCGUUUAGUAACAUUUGAAGGUCCAGAACAUUUAUCAACAACAGAUUCUAUUGCAUCUCCUAUAUUAUCAUCUGACAUUGAAUAAAUUUGUCUUAAUAUUGUUAAACAUAUUUAAGAUGUUUCUGGAGGAAAUAUAUAGAUAUCAAGGAUGGUUUUAUUUUUUAAAAUAGAUGAAAAAAAUAGAUUAUGGUUAUUAUUUAGUAGUGGAGUAAAAGUUAGAUAAAAAGUAAAGAUAAAAGUAUAUAUAAUAGUUCAUAAAUGAAGAAACUGUUUCAGAUUUUCCAAAAUAAAAAGAGAGAAUAUAAUCUCCAAUUAUGAUAUUAUAAACUUAAUUGAAAAUAGGAUAGACUUCGAAAUUUUCAGUUGAUACUUAAGGAUAUGUAAAACAAACUGGUAGCAGUUGCAAUAAUUGUUCAAUACAAGGAGAAAUGUAUGAACUAACAGUCUAAUAAUACAUAGCAUCUUAUGAUUAAGGAAUAUUGGAUGAAGAAACACUAAUAAUUAGAUAAAAAGUAGCUAAAAAUCCAGUUAAGAAAUCAGACAAUGAAGAAGAUUAUUAUGUAGAAGGAUCAUUAAAUAUUCCUGGACUAUUACUAAAAAUAUGGGGUAAGAUGGAUAUUGAAAAAUAUAAAAAUUUAAGAAAUAAUAUGAGUUUUAUGAGUUUAAAAUUGCAAUUAUGUUUAGAUUGUUAUUUAAAAUUUACAAGAAUGUAAUUAAUUGAGUAAAUAUAUAGUCAUGUUGAAUCUAAAAGUGAAAGAGAUGCCAAAUAAACAGUUGUAACUAUACCUCCUUUAUGGCAGCCUUCAAAAACAAAGAUUUAAAAUAAUUAAGAAACUUUAACUUUAGUUUCAUCUACUAAAUAAAAUAAGAUGUAUUAUACUCCUGGGAAAUAAGGUUAAUAAACUUCAUAUUAAUUAUAAAAAUAAUAAUCUUAAUAAUAAUAAUCUUAAUAAUAAUAAUAAUAAUAAUCAUAAUUGACACUUUAAUAAUAACCUCAAUCUUCAAUUACAAUUCCAAAAUUGAAUUUACCUUCAAAAGAUAUAAGUGAACGUGUAAUAGCUACAACUCAUCAUACAGAUAGAUAAAGCAAUUUUCCAUCAAAAAGAGUUGCAAAGAUUUAUAAUAAUUUAUAGGGUGUAAGUUUACCUUAUUCUUAAUCAUCUUUAAAUACAACAAGAUCUACAAUGUAAAUUUAUAAAUUAAAUUUAGUACUCAUUCAUAACGUAUUGUUAGUAUUUAAUAAUUGAAAGAAAUUUUACAAACAGAAUAACUUUGA